AGAAUUUGAGAGAACGUGUUUGCAAUCACGAACGUGCAGUGCACCUGUUUACAGAUUCUGUUCUGAAUCGCACUCCCUGUGAAUACACGGCCUAUAGGUGUGAAAAUUACAAAGAUUUUGAGCUUGGCAAAUGCAUGAGCUGUUCAGAUACUUGUGGUCGAAUGGGCUACAAGUCACAUGGCAAUGGUAUCUACUAUUUGAUGACGAAGGCAGAGACUCCAUAUUGUGCUGGUCUUGCCAAACUGACAGUGAAGUUCCCCGCAACUGUCAAGAAGUCUUAUGGAUCGAUGAUCUUGACAUUCGUUGGGAAGAAUGGAGAAAAAGAAAACGUGACGCUAACAGAGAAGGAUGAGAAGCUUUCCCCUGGCGGUGGAAAAUUUCAAGCAAUGCCCAUAUCUGAUAUUGUCGGUCAGUUGGAUUCAGUUCAGGCUCUGUACCUGAGAUACAAUGGCUUCUUUACGAAAGGAAAGGAAACCUUUGGAAUAGCCUCUGUCACCAUACAGGAUUCGGAUGACAAAUAUAUAUUUAAGAGUUGUGCAGAUCCCGUCAUUCUUACCGAUCAACAAUAUCAUACUUUGAAACAAACGGAGGCCAGCUGCUGAUGAAAAUAUUGCGAAAUUAAAAGAAUAGAAAAAAGAUUAUGGAUCCUUAAGCACAACAUUUUACCAACCAAGAACUAUUAACUGUUUGUUUACUUUCAUGUUGUUCAAUGUCUUAAAUUCAAAUAAAGAGCACUUUUAAUAAAA